AUGUCGUGGUCACAGCUGUUUUGUCUGGGGCUCGUAGCGCUGGUCGUUUCGGGUUGUAGAGUAGAAGCAGCCCACGCGCACUCGUUUCAGCACUUCCACGGACCAGUUCAGGGCGACGACCACCACGUCACGUGGGUAGACCAGCAUGGCAAAAAGCACCACGACUACGCGGCUCCGGCCCACUACGAGUUUGCUUAUGGCGUCGAGGAUCACAGUACUGGGGACUACCAUGGGCAGAAGGAGCAUAUGGACGGCAAAGCUGUGGUGGGCGAGUACACGGUUAAGGAGCCCGACGGCAACGUCAGAACUGUCAAAUAUCACGCCAAUGAGGACGGCUUUCACGCGACGGUGCACAACAGUCGUCGCCCCAACGAUCAUCCGGUUGCUCCCGCCAACGCUUAUAACGACGACGACGCCGACGACGAGGACGUUACAGAUCUUACACCUGUUCGAGAUGCUAAUAAAUUCUUCGAGUCUCUAACUUACGAUUCAUGA